GGCGUGGUUACGCGCCUCCGUCACGCGCCUGUGCGUCGCCGCGCGCAUGCGCUCCUUUCCACGUGCGACUCGUGGAGUCCGGGACGCCGCAGACUGCUGGAGCCGCGCGACUAGGACGCCGUGAUGAAGCCAGGCUUCAGCCCCCGUGGGGGCGGCUUUGGUGGCAGAGGAGGCUUUGGUGACAGAGGCGGUAGAGGAGGAGGCCGAGGAGGCCGAGGCGGCUUUGGCGGGGGACGGGGAGGCUUUGGUGGAGGUCGAGGUCGAGGUGGAGGAGGAGGUGGAGGCUUCAGGGGACGAGGAGGUGGAGGAGGAGGUGGACGAGGUGGAGGCUUCCAGUCUGGGGGCGGCCGGGGUCGAGGUGGUGGCCGGGGAGGCAAAAGAGGAAACCAGGCAGGGAAGAAUGUGAUGGUAGAGCCACAUCGGCAUGAAGGUGUCUUUAUCUGUCGCGGAAAGGAGGAUGCCCUUGUCACGAAGAAUCUGGUCCCUGGAGAAUCUGUGUAUGGGGAGAAGAGAGUCUCUAUUUCAGAGGGAGAUGACAAAAUUGAGUACCGAGCCUGGAACCCCUUCCGUUCCAAGCUGGCAGCAGCAAUCCUGGGCGGUGUAGACCAGAUCCACAUCAAGCCAGGAGCCAAGGUGCUCUAUCUCGGGGCAGCGUCAGGCACCACUGUCUCUCACGUCUCUGAUAUCGUUGGCCCGGAUGGUCUGGUCUACGCAGUUGAGUUCUCCCACCGUUCUGGCCGUGACCUCAUCAACUUGGCCAAGAAGAGGACCAACAUUAUUCCGGUGAUUGAAGAUGCUCGGCACCCGCACAAAUACCGCAUGCUUAUCGCGAUGGUGGAUGUGAUCUUUGCGGACGUGGCACAGCCAGACCAAACCCGGAUUGUGGCCCUGAAUGCCCAUACCUUCCUGCGGAAUGGAGGACACUUUGUGAUUUCCAUUAAGGCCAACUGCAUUGACUCCACUGCCUCGGCAGAAGCUGUGUUUGCAUCCGAAGUGAAGAAGAUGCAGCAGGAAAACAUGAAGCCCCAGGAGCAGUUGACACUGGAGCCCUAUGAACGCGACCAUGCUGUGGUUGUAGGUGUGUACAGGCCACCUCCUAAGGCGAAGAACUGAAACUCAAAGCUGUCUGGAUUCGAAGAAAUGUGUGUUGUUACUGUUGCACGUGUAGUUUUGUUUUGUUUUGUUUUCUAUUAAAAGUACUCAUCUGUC